GCUCUUAGCAGCUCUCAGUCGUAAGUUUAGAUCUCUUAAGGUGCAGUGUGUCAGGCCAAAGAAAGGAAGCAGUUGCAGUUAUACUCAAAUUUGUUAGCUUGUUUGUUUUGUUUUGUUAGCUCCAGAAGUUAAAACAAAAAAAUUAGAAUCCAGUACAGUGUUGACCACGAGAUAACAUUCGGCUUUGCUCUAACCCGGAAUUUCCGGUUUCCCGUUUGUGUGACAGCAGCGCCAUCUGCAACUUCUUUCCGACCUCGUGUUGUGCAAUCAGCGUAGGGAAAUCGAAGAUCAUGAUUUGCGAAGUUCUUCAAUCUUCCCUCAUAAUAAGUAAUUUAGCCUGGAGUAUCCUUAUUUGAGUAUUCUUUGUUUUUGAUAACUUCAAAAUGGAAAUUUAACGGGAAUAUUGUCUUGAGUGAAUAAUUGCGUUUGUCUGAUGGGAACUUUGUUAACUUCAAUCGACGUGGAUAUGCCAGUGAAUAUUUAAUCGCUUCUUCGUAAUCGACAGUAUCAGAAAUGUGAUCGAACAUUUGUCAUAAGUCGCGCGUUCUGAUGCAUUCGCUUAUUGGAUGAGUGUUUGGACGGCUAGAUUAAUUUCGGUACUCGUGUUUGCUGUUACUUAUCCCUAAUUGUCUUUCUCUCACCAUUCUUACAUUUUUUAACGUAAUAUGAAUGGUGUUUGAUCUCGGCGGUUGGAUCUUUGGUUUCUGCUCUCGCUUGAUCUGACCAUGAAUAAACGUCAAACGCGUCCCUCGAGCAGCGCCAGUGCCAGCAGCUGUAGUAAGAAAUCCCUCACCGAUUCCAGCCACACGUUCCUGCAGGGGAAUUCAAUUUUAAGUACGGAUAAUACAUCAAUGUACAAUGGGAGCAUCUCCAAUGGUUCCAUUGGGCAGCGCGGAUUAUCCACUAAUAACGAAAAUCUGGCCCUGUCACGCGGCAGCGCCAAACAUGAAUCGGGCAGCAUCAGCAGAAUUCUACCGUCACAGUCGGAGAACAAUAUCCGUAAAUCCAAUCCGAGUUUACAAUCAUCCAGUACCAAGGAACGGCGGAAUCGCGAUCGUCUAUCACUGCGAAAUUUCAUCUCGCGAACGUUAUUUCCCGUGAAUGAUGGGGAUGGCAGUAGUUCGACGAAGGCUAAGAAGACCAACACUGCCUCAUCCACGGAGAAGGAAACGCGGAAGGGACGAGAUAGGAAAUCUUCAACUGCUUCUUCGAGAUCUUCUCCCAACGCUCUCCAGGUUCUGCCAACACCGACCAGCAGUGUCUUCUCAUCGACGAUCCCUGAAAAUUUCGCCGCGGCCAGCCUGAUUGGACUGCCUGAUAACGCAAGGUCGUCGUCAGCAGUGGAACGGCAGCAUUCAUCUACUAAUGCCACUGUUGAAGAUGCACAGAUGCAACAUCAAAAACAGUGCUCUGUGUGCUAUGGAUUAUUCCCUACCUCGGCCUUUCCGGUCUUGGAUAAAAAUAUGAAAUGCAAGCACAGCGCUUGCUUGCAAUGUUAUCGAUUGUAUCUGACCGUGCAGAUUACCGAGAGUCGUAUCGAUGUUACUUGUCCGGAAUGUGAUGUCAUGCUGCACCCCAACGAUAUCCAGGCAAUCCUGGAUGAUCCUGUAUUGCUCAGCAAAUAUGAACAGUUUAUGAUACGACGCGUAUUGGCAUCCGAAGUGGAUACUCGGUGGUGCCCUGCUCCAGAUUGCGGAUACGCUGUGAUAGCCGCCGGAUGUGCCGAGUGCCCUCGACUAGUGUGUGAGCGCGAGGAAUGUGGGACGGCCUUUUGCUACCAUUGUGCCGGCGUGUGGCAUCCGGUCUCCACAUGUGAUGAAGCGCGUGCGCAACGUUUCGGUCUGAACAUGGCCGCCGUGGGGGCGGCCAGUGCAGCCGGGGUCACCUUUCGACGCACAACCAAUGCCUUGUUUUCCGCGGCUCCUUCGUCAUUGUUAGGGAAGAUUAAACCGUGUCCACGGUGUAAAGCCCUCAUUGCCAAAAUGGACGAUGGGUCGUGUAACCAUAUGACCUGCACCAUUUGCGGCGCAGACUUCUGCUGGUUGUGCAUGAAGGAGAUAUCCGAUUUGCACUUUCUCUCGCCAACGGGAUGCACAUUCUGGGGCAAGAAGCCAUGGAGUCGGAAGAAGAAACUCAUAUGUCAGUUGGGAACAUUGAUUGGCGCUCCGGUGGGAAUAGCACUGGUGGCGGGUGUAGCCAUUCCAUCCAUGAUCAUUGGGAUUCCCAUUUGGGUUGGGCGAAAAAUUCAUCGGAAGAUGACGUUGAGCAAGCGGUACAAGCGUAAUUUGGCCAUCGCCAGUGGAGUUACGGGAGCGGUUCUGCUUUCCCCAGCUGUGGCUGCAUUAGUUGUUGGGUUUGGUGUGCCUCUGAUGCUAGCAUACGUUUACGGAGUUGUUCCCUUUUCCUUAUGCCGGAACGGUGGGACGUGUCGGUUUGCCUCGAACUCCGGAAAUUCCAUUGCCAAUUCGACCUCCAAUCUAUCAUCGGAGAAUGCCGUAACAAACCACGCUGAGGAUGAACUAUCUGGUGGUCUCCAUUUACGCAACUCCAGCCUGGCUGAUACUGGCUCGCUGGACAUUAUCACCCAACAACUGCACGGCAGCAAGAGCCCCGAUGAACAUCUGAUGCUGCGUAUGAUGAUGGUGUUGGACGAAAACGAUGUGGUAUUUGUCAACCACACCGGGGACGGUUUGACCGAUUCCAAAAGUGUCAGCGGAACGUCUGCGCGUAUUCGACACCGCGCGGAAAUCAAUCAUAACCAGCAGGUGGAUCAUGCCAAUGCGUCCAUUGGAGAGUUCUCCAUGGAUUCCUGUGAUGUUCAUAGCCGGAGGAAUUUGGUACUGUUGGAUCCGUCCGGUCACUCAAUAGCCGAUGUAGAUAGUGGGACGGGAGUGCCAGUGGGAACUGAGAGCGGUAUCGGGCGGAUUCGGCUCAAUACCGAGGGCAAACCUAGUUUUGAUAGCGCUUCUGCCUUAGCCUUGCAUCUUUCCGCGCGCCGACAAAGUGCCAGCAGCGAUUCAGUGAACUAUAGCAUGGGUGAUCGUGUCACUUUGGAAACAUUGUCAACCGAUCUGGAAUAUCUGACCACAGCCUAUGGCAAGGACACUGCAGAACACACUGUCGAGCAAGAUAACGCCAGCACAAAAGCGUUAGCGGGAUCCAUUAUUGGGCACAGGUGAAUAUCUUUUUCUUGUCUAUGGGAGCGAAUUAUAUAACUUGAAAGGGGUCAUGUCCAGAUGGAGACGACUGGGGAGAAAAGUCCUCAACAGUGUUCAUUGAACCACGUGGAUCAAGGAAUAGUGAAGCCAUGAGUGACACGCACACGGUGAUCCGACUGCAUCCAACGAAUAUGGACAAAAAACGGAGUUAUUCCGUUAGUCAUACAUCGCCGUGUGGGUUUAUGGGUUACAUUUUUGAAAUGCCCAUUUCUUUUUUAAUUGUUUGUGGAUAAUAAGCAUGUAUAUGAUCGUAGAUUAUGUUUUAGCAGAGAGUUUUAUGUACUUAGAAUAGUGAUUUAAUCUGUAGCGAAGUGAUUUGCUUGUAUAAAGGGUUCUGAUUUUAUGUUUGUGGUUUUAGUUGUUCGUGUUCAUCUAAUGAUAAAUUUUGCAUUAUUAUGCGGAUAUGGGAUAUGACUGUGUCACUUGGUGCGAUUAAACGCAGUUUAUGG